CUUCAUCUAUUCAAACCAAAUUGACUUGCGACGACAGAUUAUUGAUUAUAUCAAAUUGAAUUGAAUGUUACUUUGCUGUUCACUGCUACCGUAGCAAACACUGAAGCGAAGCUCCUAAAACCCUUGGUCCACUUUUCACCCAGCCAACACCCUUGCGUCAUUGCUUUUUGUUUACUGGGUAUUGAGAGUCCCUUCAUGUACUCACAUUUACAACGUCAAUUGCGCAAAAAGAUUGCUGAUAUCAACGAAACAUUAAUUGCCAUGGCUCUUGAUCCGCGAUUGAUGCCGGGUGUGGUAUCAACUGCAUCUACUCCUUCUUUAAGAUCAAGGGAAGGUAGUGUUGUAUCUUCGGCCAAAGAUGCGGGCGGAAAUGUUAGAGUUGUGGUUAGAGUUAGAGGAUUUCUUCCCAGAGGUGGGUAUUUGAAGUGGAAAAAAUGCUGUAACAUCUCACUAAUUUUAUUGCAGAAAUCAAUAGAGGAGCUGAGUGUCUGGUUGAGAUGAGUCCAAUUUCGCAAGCAACCACCCUUCUCGUACCCAAUGAUACAGACCCUGCAAACACUCGUUCAAAGAUGCGCAGAGUCAUUGAAGAAAAACACUUUACGUUUGACAAUUCCUUUUGGAGCCACAACAUAUCUGAUAAACACUAUGCGCACCAGGAGGAUGUUUAUAAUAGCUUGGGGGAGGAAUUCUUGGAUCAUAACUUCGAAGGAUAUCAUACGUGCAUCUUUGCAUAUGGCCAGACUGGAUCGGGAAAGAGUUAUACAAUGAUGGGGACAGAAGAGCAGCCAGGAUUAAUACCAAGGACUUGCGAGGAUCUUUUCCAGCGGAUUGAGGCAGCCCAUAAUGAAAGUCCAAACAUUUCAUACAAUGUUCGUGUAUCUUAUUUCGAGGUCUAUAACGAGCAUGUCCGAGAUCUCCUUGUUCCAUACCACCCCAAUCAACCACCUUACUACCUUAAGAUUCGUGAAUCCCCCACUGAGGGACCUUAUAUCAAGGAUUUGACCGAUGCCCCUGUUAAGAAUAUCUCCGAGAUUAUGCGAUACAUGAAAAUGGGAGAUGCCAGUCGAACCACGGCAAGUACUAAGAUGAAUGAUACAAGUAGCAGAAGCCAUAGUGUUUUCACCAUUAUGCUCAAGCAGAUCCACCAUGACAUGGACACCGACGAAACAACAGAGCGUACUGCUCGGAUACGACUCGUGGAUCUUGCAGGCAGUGAACGUGCAAAGGCAACAGAAGCAACCGGUGCUCGUCUACGCGAGGGAAGCAAUAUCAAUAAGUCUCUAACUACUCUUGGCCGUGUCAUUGCUGCUCUCGCAGAUCCAAAACAACAUCGUACCGGAAAGCGCAACAAGGAUGUUGUUCCCUACAGAGAUUCGAUCCUCACCUGGCUGCUCAAGGAUUCACUGGGAGGAAAUAGCAAAACCGCAAUGAUUGCAUGUAUUUCUCCAUCUGAUUACGAUGAAACUCUCUCCACCCUUCGCUAUGCCGAUCAAGCCAAACGUAUCCGCACACGUGCCGUCGUCAAUCAGGAUCAUGUUUCCGCUGCGGAGCGCGAUGCUCAAAUUGCCGCCAUGGCCGAGGAGAUUCGUAUCCUACAACUUCAAGUUUCGAAUUCUGACUCGACGCGCAAAGAGACAGAAACCAAAGCACAAGACGAGAAGCUCGAGCAAUACCAAAACAAGAUCGCCCUCAUGCAAAGAAUGAUGGAAGAUAGAACCAUGAUAUCAGAAGGCAAAAUUCGCAGCUUGACAACCGAGAAUGAUGCUUUGAGAUUGCAUUUGAAAUUAGCUCUGGACAGCUUGAAGAACCCAAUCAAGGUGGAACCUGCAAGAGCUGUUAGUCUGGGCAGUCCUGAUUUUAGUGGCGAACAUGAAGUGGAGCAGAGCAAGGAGAAUAGAUCUCCAGACGAAGCGACUGCAGAGGAAGGAGAGUAUGAACAGGAAUACACGGAUGAAGAUGAAGCUAUUGAUGUUGGUAUUCAUCGGGAGAGAGCAAGUGAGGUUCAAGGUUUCAUGGGUGAUUUGUUAAAGGACUUGGGUAUGUUCAGAAAGAAGAUUGGUGAUGAUAAAGGUCGUUUCGGUCGCGAAAUCGGGGUAAUUCAGGUUGUAUGAUUAUAAGGAAAAGGGCGAAAUUUUUAUGGAUGGAUGGGCAAGCUUUACGAAGGAAAACAGGACAAGCUAGCGUUGGUGUUUGGGUGUUUUGUUCU